AUGACUGCCUCAGAAGGACAGAUCCUGGGGUGGCAGCUGAGCUCAUCUGACAACGAGUUUCCUGUUACCGUCAGUAAGAUCCGCAGCAGCGGCCUCGUUGCCCUCCACAACCAGAAGCAUCCUGAGGCGAAGAUCAUGAAUGGCGACGUCAUCGUCAAGGCGAACAGCGUCCUGUGGCGCCAGAACUCGACGGCCUUCCUGGAGGGCUUGGCCGAGGAGUUCUCGAGGGCCAGCGCCACGGGCGGCGAGAUAACGUUCUUCCUGCGGAGGCCCGUCGGGGUGAGGGGCGAGAGCGAGCCGGCGGAGACGAGGCCCUUCUUCAAGGAGUUCUCCGCCAAGUUGCCCAUGGACAGCGGCGACGGGCCCGGCUGGCAGCUCAGCGCGGACAAUGCCACGGGCCGGGUCUCCAUCGCGAAAAUCCGCAGCACAGGUUCAGUGCACGCCUGGAACGAGGCGAACCCACUGGACGAGAUUCAGGUUGGCGACGUCAUCGCAAAGGUGAACAACGUGCUCUGGCAUGGCGACCCGAAGGUUUUCCUGAACCACAUGAACUCGCAGAUCGAGGCGGCACGCAAGGGCCAGAGCCAGAAGGGCGUUACGCUGCUGUUGCAGAGGCCCUGGCGACUCGACGGAUCGUUCGGGGGCGGCACCGGCGCCGACGACGGCGAUGACGUGGUCGGAGGGGGCGAGGACGACACCACGGGCGCCGAGGAGUGA